AUGUGUUCCCGAACUGUAAUCGGCAGAUUCUCACGGACCGACAACUACAGUUUGGAUGCCGGUUCUAUCACGAGCCUCAUUUCGAUCUAUGGUGAUGAGAUGGAUAUCUCGAGGUUCCGGAUCAUGCUGGGCCACUCGGAGCAAGCAAAGGGCGAUUUCAACGACAGCAUAUACUUGAAUGACGGGAACGACUUUACAUUCGCGGCAAGAGCUGGCAAGGUUUCCGUGAUAAUGACAGAAUUUAACGCGCUCCUGUUCUCGGCAGCUCUUCCAGGCAGGAUUUCGAAAGCCUAUAAGAGGCAGAGGAGAGCAGAGUCGAGGCUGCCGGGGAUAUUGGAGGCCUAG